AUGGAAGUGUACGUAAGAUUAAACGAUUCCAGUGAUAAGGACUAUGCUUUCCAAUUCAGUCAAACUGAUACCAUUAACAAUAAAGUUAGAAGUAUUUUCACUACUGACGCACGUAAAAUUCGCCAAAAGAUUACGUUAUCUGAUUUGAUGGUCAUUAGACCUUCAAUCUUUCAUGAAUAUGAACCAGUAGAAUAUUAUAAAUCUACUCAUCAAGGUUUCAUGACAGAAGGUGGUUGUCUUUUAUUUCAUUAUACUGCUGGCCAAGAUCAAUAUUUGGAAAAAUUGGAUUAUGAUAAACCUUUAAUCGAUCAAAUGUGGCCGGGUCAAUUGAUUGUUCCAAAAUGGAAUAAAUCGAGAAAAUAUGUCACCAUUUAUAUCGCUAUUAUCUUAUUUUGGUUAUACACCGAUUUACCUGAUGUCAUCUCUCCAACUCCAGGUAAUUCUUUGACUAAUACUCUAUCUAAAUUGUUGGUUCCAAUCUUAGAAAAUCAAUUAGGUCAGAAAGUUAUGGCUGCUAAGUUAAGAGAAGAAAUUGCUCCAAAUUAUAAUUCCGUCGCUGCUCAAUGGGCUUUCUUCGGAUUACACGUCCUAAAAGUUAUAUUGAUUACUUUAUUCUUUCAUUUCGCUUUAGCUAAUCCUUUCUCAUUUAAUCCAAUUAAAAUGUAUAAGAUUAGAAACGUCGAUCUAAAUCAAAAGAAUGAUAAGAUUAAGAACCUUUUGGCUAACUUAGGUUGGAUCGGUGCUAGAAGAGCCACCUACGAUGAUUAUCAAUCUAACUUCUACGAUUAUACUAUCAAGAAACAUGGUGGUGUCGUCCAGGCUUAUAGAGCAGGUGCUAUUAGAACCGCUGCAGCUCCAGGUUUCAUCUUGAACGCUGGGGAAGGUUUCCAAACUCCAUUAGAUGAAAGAUUCACCGCCGAUACUUUUAAAAGAAUCGAUGAAGAAAAUCCAAAGUUUGUCCUAAGUGAAGUAUAUUUCAUCGAAUUAGAAAAUAAUUUGAAAGAAUUAUUAGAUGUCUCCGAAGGUGAUAUUGGUAAGAUGAAUACCGAAAUUAGAAGAUUUAGAAGAUACGGUAUGUACGAACCAAGUGAAAAAUUAAAACAUUUAGUCGAAGUAAGAAAAGAAAUUUACAAGAAGGACAAAGAAAUUGAAGAAGGCAAGAAAACAGCAGACAAGAAGAAGGAUUGA